GACAAUGGGCCGCGGGAAACGCAUAAUUACGCAAAAAACCAACAUCCGAUUGCCUGUUUCAUAUUUCCCAACUAUCAGUAACUUACACAGCCCCACUUGAUAUCCACGUAUUCAAUAAAAGCGCGCCAAAAUAUUCGGAUGUCAAGGCCGCCAUUUUGAAAAGACCUGUCAAAAUUUGCGCGGGAAAAAUGACAGCCGCUAGUGCUGUGUACGCGUUGGUAUUUUUCACUGUGAUCGGUUUUCAAGUGACCGCGUGGACGAUCGAUUUGCCGGAAGUUAGGAAAUUUUAUUUCGAACGUUUCGAAAAACAUGAAGCCAAAGAAAAUCUAAAUAAUGAGUCGUACGAUAACAUAAACGGGAAUAGUGUUCAUAAUGCUAAAGAUAUGCAUGUUUAUGAUUUGAAUAAAAAUAAUAGAAUUAAAAACCACGGCGAAGAGAAGAGCAAGUAUGCGGAUUCGUUCAACAAUUACGAGUCCUACAUGGUGCGAAAAGUGCAGGAUGCCCUUCACAAUGGUAGCGUAUACGUGGACGGCCUCCGUCUGUCCAUCGAGCGGUACAUCGAGGUGCUGGAAAACUGCAGCCGGCUCAACUUGACCUCGGACCUCCCGCCCGAGCUAACAUCGCCGUUAUCCAUCGGCGAUUUCACCAGCGUCCGCGCCUGGGUGGCCACCUGCCGUCGAGCCACCGAGUCAAGCGAGCACGUGCGGCGGCUCGCCGAGCUGGCGCUGUGGACCACGCGUCGGCUGCAGGACGUGGCCUUCACUGCUAAGUACAGCAAGGAUGACAGCAUGGAAGAAAACGAGUUGUUACUACGUCUGGCGUGGUAUCUGGACAAGCUGGCGCAUCUCACAGGCUACGACCCGAAUCCCGAAGACCACACCACCACUGCACGUCCACCAGAGACAACACGUCUGCCCUCACUCGCCCUGCCUCUGCCGAACUUUCUGCCAAACAUAUCGGCUGAGGUGAAGAACGCCAUACUGGAAUGUCUCCGAGUAAACUCUAGCGAGCCCGCGACCCAAAGGUGUGCCCUGCCGAUCCCGCCGCGGGCGCUCAGGCAAAUCGCUAGGGUGUACAACUUAAGUGAUUCCUCCGAAACAGACGCGUCACUCGAUACGUCAGGCCGAGUACCACGAAGAUUGAGUGACGACACUUCGCUCCCAUCCCUAGAACCGGAACUGCUGCUCGCCACAGACAACAAACGCGUUUUCGCGCCAAUUCUGACACCUGUCAAAUCAGUUCAAAAACGCUCCGUCACAGAUUCGGUAGAUCCAUUGGUCAAGGUUUUGAAAUAUUACGCGAAGCAUAAGAUUUGGGUCAAUUCUAAUCCUCUCGUUGAAAAUUUUGACGAAUUUGCGCCAAAUAAUGAUGUCUUUGACGUUAAAAACGAUUUGCACCCUAAAAAUAUCCAAAAACGGUCAUUAGAUGAUAAACCUCAAGUUCUAAACAAGCCUCAAACAAAUCCUUUGCAGGAUCUUAGCAAAUACAUUAAAGGAAAGCCUAGUAUCCACUACAACAUCAACAGAGAACGUUUCCGUUCUGCUCUAGACGCUAUUCACAGCAAAAAGGUUAUUUCGAACAACAAAAUAAAGAAAUUAAAAAAGAUUUUUAGAUACCGACGUUCGCCCUACGAGUUUGAACAUCACCACCACGAGCAUUUUCUUCCACACAUUCCACACGACCACGUAAUAAAAACGCACACAAACGUCCACUACGAACCUCACAAAGAUCCGGCAGUGGUAGCUAAAGAGACCGUUGAAAAAAUAAAGGCGACCAUAGACAAGAUACACACGAAAAAGGUUAUAUUGCACAAGAAGAUUGAAGCGUUGAAACAUAUUUUGAGGUCGAAACGGUCUACGCACUAUGAGGGUGUGAUUCGGCCCCGUAUAUCGGACAAUCCUCAGCCAGACUUGAGUUAUUAUGUAAAGAAUAGGGUAGGCACAAAUUUUAAUAGGGAUUUGGCUCAAGCAGCGUCGGUGAGAGCAUCGCUAGAGAAUGCUUUCCAGAGGGGAAACAUUUUGGUGGUACAGCGGUACGGAGCUAACUACAAUCCAGCUGUUCUCAACCCUUUCUAUGCAGGAGUGCUUCAAUCUAUGAGUGAUUCUUAACCCUCAAUCGCUCAAUGGUAGUAUAGUAACUAUUAUUUUGAACUUUAUUGCCUUGUGUUAAGGUCCAAAAACAAGAUUUUUAUUAACUUGCGUAUCCGUUCUACAGCCGUAUUGGGGCAGUAGUUUCUUUUCUUAACAAUAACGUUAUCAUAAAUCACUGGUUAACGCAGCGUAGGACGUCCACCUACAAGGUGGACCGAUGAUCUCGUAAAG